GUUGCAUGGUCUGCCUCUCGAUUCGAGAUCUGUGACUGACUGUUUUUUUUUUUUCUGAAGUCUUCUGGAGCUGCAGAGGCAGCAGGGCGUGGCUGCCGUGAUUGAUCUGAAUGCUGGCCGCAAUGCCACACACACCAGCCCCACCACCUUCAACAACCUGGUCAGGUCCCUCAACGAAGUGGUGGAACGGAGAGUCACCAGGGAGAUCCACGCAAGCCCCUUCAUUGCGAUCGGCAUAGAUGAGUCUACCGACAGGAGCCAAGAGAAACACGUUGUUCUUGUAAUUCGUUACAUACGUGUGCACACAGGAGAGCUGGUCACGACAUUCUUGAGGUGUGCAAAGGUGAAUGACGGCAAAGCAGUCACCAUUUACCAAACAACGCUGGACGUCCUCCAACACUACAACAUUCCGCUAAGAAAAGUGAGUCUAUGUAAGAAAAUUUGUCCACCAACUAAGAAAAACAAAACAUUUUUGGUAGCAUUGUUUAGUAUGUCUUCAAUGAAUGGCUGUGCAUUGAUUUUGAACAUUAUGUUGCAUGUUUGUGCUGACUAGGUACUGGGACUUGGGAUGGAUGGAGCGGCAGUGAUGUCCAGCGACAUCAAUGGCGUCACGGGCCUGCUUCACCGGGACAACCCCUUCGCAGUGGCUGUCCACUGCGUGUGCCACCGGCUCCAUCUGGCAGUGUCACAAGCUGCAAAGAACGUCCAACACAUCAAGAUCACCAGCCUGCUGGUUGACAGCAUAUACAAUUACAUUAUGAUGUCACCCAACAGGCUUGCAGAGUUCAAGGCUCUGGUGGACGUCCUAGGAGAGGACUACCUGAAGCUCAAACACUCCUAUGAAAUCCGGUGGCUGAGUAUGGGCGAGGCAGUCAAGAGCGUCUUGCAGAACUACAGGACCCUGGCCCUGCACACGGAGGAGCAGGCGGCAGCAGGUGACCCCAGCGCCAUUGGGAUCAACCAGCAGCUGACAAGCUUUCUCCCUAUGGCUUUGCUCCACCUUCUGGCGGAUGUGCUGGAUGCCACGAAUCACUUAUCCCGGAUAUUUCAGUACAGAGACCUGACCUUUUCAGCACUCAGAGCACAGGUAAAAAGAAUAGAUAAGAAUAAUAGACAAGAAUAAAUAAGAAUAAGAUUAAUAGACAAGAACAAGAUUUAUUUCAUGAGUUAAUACUAAUGCUAAAAAUAGAAGAAAAUCUGACUGUGUGCUUUUAUUUCACAUUUCAGCUCACAGAGUGCUUUUCCUGCCUCGAGACCAUGAGGGAGGUAGAUGGCCCUAAGCUAGAACGGUUCAAAACCAGUGUUCAGGAGAAUGGCCACUACAAGGAAGUGGCCAUCAUCAUGCGGGCAGGCCGUGGUGUACAGGAUCCAGUGCAGACCCUGGAUGCUGUCAAGGGCCAGCUCCUGGACCGCCUUCUGGAAAAUCUGCGAGCGAGGUUCCCCCAAGUAGACCUCCUGGAUGCUAUGAAGGUUUUUGAACCAGCAUCCUAUCCAGAUAAUCCAGUUCAGAACAACGUGGCCUUGGCAUAUUGGGGGAGGGAAGACCUCAAUACCCUUCUCAACCACUACGCUGAGGCCAAGCAGACCAGAGACGGCAAUGUAUGCGCUGCAUACAUUGACCGCUAUAUCUGUGAAGGCCAGUUUGGGGCCUUUAAGCAGGCGGUAGCUGUCCGUUUC